AGCUCAAGUCACUCUGGCCCAGGCCCCUCUGGCCAGCCUUGGCUCGCGGGCAAGCCGCGGUCGGCCCACUCGCGGUGCCCCACGGGCCGCGGCGUCCGCCAUGCCGACGGGCAAGAUCAAGAACUUCUUCCAGGACAAGGGCUUCGGCUUCAUCACGCCCGACGACGGGGGCGAGGACGUGUUCGUGCACCGCAAGGUCCACGGCGACGGGCAGGACCGCACCGCGUACCUCGAGGCGGGCGACGCCGUGCAGUACGAGGUUGAGUGGGACGAUCGCAGGCCGGCCACACGCAAUCGAGCGGCCCUCCGCCAGUCGGGGCCCCUGGGGCGCGUCCUGCGGGGGGAAGGCAACACCUGGGCACGCAGGCCGCCGCGCGCGCGGAGACGAAGGGCCGCCUGCGACGACGGCGGCUCGCCUCUCCCGCCGGGCCCGGCUCCGCUCAGAGUCGGGCCCCGGACCCCGCUCUCCGCAGCGGAGCUGGCCGUGGCGACGAGAAGCCUCCGGCAGGCCCGGGAAGGGCGCGAGGGCGCUCGGAGGGAGGGCCUCCGAGCUGCUGCGGCAGCCGCCCGCGGCAGCCGGCAGGCCGCGCACACCAGAGGCCCCUCGGUCGGCCCAGGGCCGCUCCUCGCGUGCCGCCGGGCAGGAGCAAGUACAACGCCUCGUCGUGCACCGGCCCCUGGAAGACGGGCGGCGGCGGUGGCGGGCCGCCAUGAAGCUAUAGCCCAGACAUGAGCGCGUCGUGAAAAAUACCCGGACGGGAGGUUUUUUCGGCCAUUCUCGGCCUCGGGGGGCCCUCGCCGGACCUCGGGAGCGUCAGAAGACGACUCCGGAUGAAAAACCGGUCCCGGGGAAAGGGUCGGGACUUCCAGGGACCCCGUCCUGAAAAAAUCAGGACGUCUCGUGUCUGGGAAGGGGUCCGGAGGUCGAUAUGGUUGCUUUGGGGCUUCCGAGGCCUUCCACGGGCCCCAAAGGGCCACCAGCAGAGCCGAGGCAGGAGCCAAGAGCUCUUGUCCGGACGAAGGCUCCCGUGGGCCCAGGGCCCGCUUCCUUCAGAUCCGCUGUCGCGAAACACAUGCAUCAUCACGAAGCCCCACAUUCUUCUGCGGCACUUUUGACCUGGAUCGAAUUGCAUUGGUCCUAGGCCCCACAACCCGGCGAACAUGACCAUUGUUCGAAUAUUGCGACGCAUGGAUCUCAUGGCUCUUUCAUGGCGAGGUGGUGGUUGGGG